CCUCUCCCCCCUCCCCCCGCUCCUUUUUCUGCUCCCCAAGUGCGCCCGGCGUGCGAGAGGCAGGCGGGGAGGCGCGGAGCAGGCAGCCCAGAGCGCUCGCCCACCGCCCGCUCGGCGCAGCUCCCAGCGGUCGCUCUUGUCGCCGCCGCCGGCGCGUCGUAGGUAGCCCAGCAUGGCCGGGCCGGGCUGGCCGUGCCGCGCGUCCCGGGGGGCCUCGGCGCUCCUGGCCGCCACGCUUCUCUACGCCGCGUUGGGGGACGUGGUGCGCUCGGAGCAGCAGAUCCCACUCUCUGUGGUGAAGCUCUGGGCCUCUGCUUUUGGUGGAGAGAUAAAAUCUAUUGCCGCUAAGUACUCCGGCUCCCAGCUUCUGCAAAAGAAAUACAAAGAAUAUGAGAAAGAUGUUGCCAUAGAAGAAAUUGAUGGCCUCCAACUGGUGAAAAAGCUGGCGAAGAACAUGGAAGAGAUGUUUCACAAGAAGUCUGAAGCAGUGAGGCGUCUCGUGGAGGCUGCAGAAGAAGCACACCUGAAACAUGAAUUUGAUGCAGACUUGCAGUAUGAAUACUUCAAUGCUGUGCUGAUAAAUGAAAGGGACAAAGAUGGGAAUUUUUUGGAGCUGGGAAAGGAAUUCAUCUUAGCCCCCAAUGACCAUUUUAAUAAUCUGCCUGUGAACAUCAGUCUGAGUGACGUCCAAGUGCCAACGAAUAUGUACAACAAAGACCCAGCAAUCGUCAAUGGGGUUUAUUGGUCCGAAUCCUUAAACAAAGUUUUUGUAGAUAAUUUUGAUCGUGACCCGAGUCUCAUAUGGCAGUACUUUGGAAGUGCAAAGGGCUUUUUCAGGCAGUAUCCAGGGAUUAAAUGGGAACCAGAUGAGAAUGGAGUCAUUGCCUUUGACUGCAGGAACCGAAAAUGGUACAUCCAGGCAGCGACUUCUCCGAAAGACGUGGUCAUUUUAGUUGACGUCAGUGGCAGUAUGAAAGGGCUCCGUCUGACGAUUGCAAAGCAGACAGUCUCCUCUAUUUUGGACACGCUGGGGGAUGAUGACUUCUUCAACAUAAUUGCUUAUAAUGAGGAGCUUCACUACGUGGAACCUUGCCUGAAUGGAACAUUGGUGCAAGCUGACAGGACAAACAAGGAGCACUUCCGGGAGCAUCUGGACAAACUUUUUGCCAAGGGGAUCGGAAUGCUGGAUAUAGCUCUGAAUGAGGCCUUCAAUAUUCUUAGUGAUUUCAACCAUACAGGACAAGGAAGCAUCUGCAGCCAGGCCAUUAUGCUCAUUACCGAUGGGGCAGUAGACACCUAUGAUACUAUCUUUGCAAAAUACAAUUGGCCGGAUCGAAAGGUUCGUAUCUUCACGUAUCUCAUUGGACGGGAGGCUGCUUUUGCAGACAAUCUUAAGUGGAUGGCCUGUGCUAACAAAGGAUUUUUCACCCAGAUCUCCACCUUGGCCGAUGUGCAGGAGAAUGUCAUGGAAUACCUCCACGUACUCAGCCGGCCCAAAGUCAUCGACCAGGAGCACGACGUGGUGUGGACUGAAGCGUACAUUGAUAGCACUCUUGCCGAUGAUCAGGGCCCAGUCCUGAUGACCACGGUCGCUAUGCCUGUGUUUAGUAAGCAGAACGAAACUAGAUCAAAAGGCAUUCUUCUGGGUGUGGUCGGCACAGAUGUCCCAGUGAAAGAACUUCUGAAGACCAUCCCCAAAUACAAGUUAGGGAUUCACGGCUAUGCCUUUGCAAUCACAAAUAAUGGAUAUAUCCUGACGCAUCCAGAGCUCAGACCACUGUAUGAAGAAGGCAAAAAGCGGAGGAAGCCUAACUACAGUAGCGUUGACCUGUCUGAGGUGGAGUGGGAAGACCGCGAUGAUGUGUUACGAAAUGCCAUGGUGAAUAGAAAGACGGGGAAGUUUUCCAUGGAGGUGAAGAAGACAGUGGACAAAGGGAAACGGGUUUUGGUGAUGACAAAUGACUACUAUUAUACAGACAUCAAGGGUACUCCUUUCAGUUUAGGUGUAGCGCUCUCCAGAGGCCAUGGGAAAUACUUCUUCCGAGGGAACGUAACCGUUGAAGAAGGGCUACAUGACUUAGAACAUCCCGACGUGUCCUUGGCAGACGAAUGGUCCUACUGCAACACUGACCUACACCCAGAGCACCGUCAUCUGUCUCAACUCGAAGCUAUUAAACUCUAUCUCAAAGGCAAAGAACCUCUGCUCCAAUGUGAUAAAGAAUUGAUACAGGAAGUCCUUUUUGAUGCUGUGGUGAGUGCUCCCAUUGAAGCCUAUUGGACCAGCCUUGCCCUCAACAAAUCUGAGAAUUCCGACAAGGGUGUGGAGGUAGCCUUCCUUGGCACUCGCACGGGCCUCUCAAGAAUCAACCUGUUUGUUGGAGCUGAGCAGCUCACCAACCAGGACUUCUUGAAAGCUGGAGACAAGGAGAACAUCUUUAAUGCAGACCAUUUCCCUCUCUGGUACCGAAGAGCUGCUGAGCAGAUUCCAGGGAGCUUCGUCUACUCGAUCCCAUUCAGCACAGGAACAGUCAACAAAAGCAAUGUGGUGACAGCAAGUACCUCCAUCCAGCUCCUAGAUGAGCGGAAAUCUCCUGUGGUGGCAGCUGUAGGCAUUCAGAUGAAACUUGAAUUUUUCCAAAGGAAGUUCUGGACUGCCAGCAGACAGUGUGCCUCUCUGGAUGGCAAAUGCUCUAUCAGCUGCGAUGAUGAGACUGUGAACUGUUACCUCAUAGACAAUAAUGGAUUUAUUCUAGUGUCUGAAGACUACACACAGACUGGAGACUUUUUUGGUGAGGUGGAGGGAGCUGUGAUGCACAAAUUGUUAACAAUGGGCUCCUUUAAAAGAAUUACCCUUUAUGACUAUCAAGCCAUGUGCAGAGCCAACAAGGAGAGCAGCGAUGGUGCCCAUGGUCUACUGGAUCCUUAUAAUGCCUUCCUUGCUGCCGUAAAAUGGAUAAUGACAGAACUUGUCUUGUUCCUGGUGGAAUUUAACCUCUGCAGUUGGUGGCACUCAGAUAUGACAGCUAAGGCCCAGAAAUUGAAACAGACCCUGGAGCCUUGUGAUACUGAAUAUCCAGCGUUUGUCUCUGAGCGCACCAUCAAGGAAACCUCAGGGAACAUUGCUUGUGAAGACUGCUCCAAGUCUUUUGUCAUCCAGCAGAUCCCAAGCAGCAAUCUGUUCAUGGUGGUGGUGGACAGUAGCUGCCUCUGUGAGUCUGUGGCCCCCAUCACCAUGGCACCCAUUGAAAUCAGGUAUAACGAAUCCCUUAAAUGUGAACGUUUAAAGGCCCAGAAAAUCAGAAGGCGUCCAGAAUCUUGUCAUGGCUUCCAUCCUGAGGAGAAUGCGAGGGAGUGUGGGGGUGCACCGAAUCUCCAGGCCAAGAUGGUCCUUAUCCUGUUCCCUCUGCUUUUGAUGCUCUUCUCAAGGUGACACUGAUGGAGAUGUUCUCUUGGCAUGCUAAGUUAUGGAUAAACUGUGAACCAAAAUAUGGUGCGACAAUAGGAUACAUGAAAUAUAGUCCAACCAUCAGCAUCUCAUGAUUUUAAACUGUGCGUGAUAUAAACUCUUAAAGAUAUGUUGACAAAAAAGUUAUCUUUUUAUUUUGCCAGUUAUGCAAAUGUGAGUUUGCUACAUUAUAAUCACUCUUCAUCAGAAACGGGACUGCGAGUGGGCAGUGUCCCUUCUGCUUGAAACCCAUUGAAACCAAUUUAAAACUGUGUACUUUUUAAAUAAAGUAUAUUAAAAUCCUAA